AUGAAGGGAACUUUCAUCGCCAUCUUGUUCAUCCUUUUUGCUUAUCUGGAGUCAGUGCCUCAGAGUCAAUGCGGGCAUCUUGACUUUGGGAAAAGAAUAUCAUUUCCAAGCGCAUAUCCAUUCCAAGGAAAAAGUGCCUUUGCAAAUGACAAUUUCCUUCGGCAUCUGAUGCCUUUGGAUAAAGCUAAUUUUGUUCCGGAUUCGGCGUCGGACGGAUUCGUAGAACAAGUUAAAGAAUUGAGGGAGAGAGCAAAGGAAAUUCCUGACGAUUAUUUGGUUGCUAUAGUUGGCAAUAUGAUCACAGAAGAAGCCCUUCCAAUGUAUCAGUCAAGAGUCAGUAGCACAGAAAUUUAUCGUGAUGAAACCGGCAGAGACGACACUCCAUGGGCGAUUUGGAGUAGAGGUUGGAGUGCUGAAGAGAAUCGCCAUGGAGAUCUUCUCAAUAAGUAUCUCUAUCUUUCAGGAAGAAUUGACAUCAAACAAGUGGAGAAGACUAUUCAGUAUAUGAUUGCUUCAGGAACGGAUUUUGGCUUUGGACACAACCCUUACCAUUUUACAGUUUAUACAUCAGUGCAAGAGAGAGCAUGUAUUGCUCAUGGCAACACAGCCAAACUUGCCCUGCAACAUGGAGACUCAAAGCUAGCUCAGAUUUGUGGCACGAUUGCUUCCAAUGAGAAGCACCACGAAACUGCUUAUAGCAGGAUUGUCGGGAAGCUCUUCGAGCUCGAUCCUACCGAAGCAAUGGUGGCAUUUGCUGACAUGUUGAAAAUUAGAAUGAUCAUGCCAGGAGAUUCAAUGUACAACGGUCGGGAUGAGCACCUGUUCGAUCAUGUUUUGAACGUUUUAAUGCGAAUUGGAGUGUACACAAUCACGGAUUAUAUCAAUGUUUUGGAACAUUUUGUGGGUGUUUGGAAUGUCGACAAACUUGAGGGGCUUGCAAGUGAAGGAAAAAUUGCUCAGGAUUAUGUUUGUGGAUUGCCUGAAAGGUUGAGAAAAAUGGAGGAAAGAGCCCUAGCUCGGGCUAAACAAACACCUGCAAUUCCAUUCAGUUGGGUUUUCAAUAAAGAAGUGUAG